AUGUUGCGCGUUGGGGGUAAAGUUAUUUGCACGGCUUGCAGGAAUCUGGUCCCUACCAGGGCAGGGGUAAGAUUUCGCAUACCGUUUCAGAAGCUUCACCCUCUGUACCGUGCCAUCCACCACCGUUACUAUGGAAAUACCAACUGUCAGCACCCACCUCACCGCACAGCGUCCCGCUAUUUCACCUCCAUGUCACGGUUGCCAAUGCGACCAUCGAAGCCACCUCCAGGGUCAGGGAGCCGUGGUUAUCAGCAGAAGCGCAACUUCUGGGUGGCCCGACUUGCUGCGAGACUGCUGAAGCUGCGAUACAUUCUCCUUGGCAGUGCAGUUGGAGGAGGAUACACAGCUAAGAAGACCUAUGAUGAGUGGAAGGAUAUGCUGCCUGAUUUUAGCGAAUACAACUGGGUUAUUCCUGAUUUUGUGUGGGAACUUGGCGAACAAAUAGAUCUCGAUAAAUUGGCCAAAGCUCUACCGGAGAUGGAGGAAAUAGCCAAACUAUUGCCUGACUUUGACAAGAUAAGAGAGAACUUCACCUUCAUCAAAAGCCUACUGCCCUCUGGUGUGAGUUUGGGUAGUGAAGUCAAAGGAGCUUCUGGUCUGCUUCUGUUGUUAGAAACUUCAGGUGAACCACCGUUGAAGGCCACCGACGCUUCUACAGCAGCCUUACAAGAUGACAAGCAGUACAAAAAGGGUCUGCUGGGCGAACUUAUUCUUAUUCAGCAGCAGAUCCAGCGGCACGAGGAGGAGGUCCGGCGGGCAGCUACAGCCAAUUAUGCGCGUUCACCACCGCCAGAGCCUGCUCCCAGUCCGCCUCCGAACCCCAGCCCCCCUCAUCACACUCGCAAGUCUUCAGAUAAAGAAAAGAUCGACCAGCUCCAAGAGGACCUGCUGCGUACCCAGCUUAAGUACCAGCGCAUGCUGGAAAGACUCGAGAAAGAGAACAAGGAGCUAAGAAAAGUGGUUCUGCAAAAAGAUGAUAAAGGCAUCCACCAAAGGAAAGUGAAGAAAUCUCUUAUUGAUCUGUAUUCUGAAGUUUUGGACAUCCUGUCUGACUAUGACACUAACUACAACACACAGGACCAUUUACCCAGGGUGGUUGUGGUGGGUGAUCAGAGUGCUGGAAAGACAAGUGUGCUGGAGAUGAUCGCACAAGCUAGGAUUUUUCCCAGAGGUUCUGGCGAGAUGAUGACACGCUCUCCUGUUAAGGUGACCCUCAGUGAAGGCCCCCACCACGUGGCUUUGUUUAAGGACAGUGGCCGUGAGUUUGACCUCACCAAGGAGGAAGAUCUGGCUGCUCUGAGGCAUGAGAUUGAGCUGAGGAUGAGAAAGAGCGUCAAAGAAGGACAAACCGUUAGUUCUGAGACAAUAUCCUUGAGUGUCAAAGGUCCAGGAAUCCAGAGAAUGGUCCUUGUUGAUUUACCAGGUGUCAUCAGUACGGUGACAACAGGCAUGGCAUUAGACACUAAAGAGACCAUCUUCAGUAUUAGCAAGGCUUACAUGCAGAACCCAAAUGCAAUCAUACUCUGCAUUCAGGAUGGCAGCGUGGAUGCAGAGCGAAGCAUUGUCACUGAUCUAGUUAGUCAAAUGGACCCCCAAGGGAAAAGGACCAUCUUUGUGUUGACUAAAGUUGACUUGGCUGAGAAGAACCUGGCCAGCCCGAGCAGAAUCCAGCAGAUAGUUGAGGGCAAGCUGUUUCCCAUGAAAGCUCUGGGAUAUUUUGCUGUCGUGACAGGAAAAGGAAGCAGUGGUGAGAGCAUUGACUCGAUUAAGGACUAUGAAGAAGAAUUCUUCCAGAGCUCCAGGUUAUUGCGGGAUGGCAUGUUGAAGGCCCACCAGGUGACCACAAAGAACUUGAGUCUAGCUGUAUCAGAUUGCUUCUGGAAAAUGGUCAGAGAGUCUGUAGAGCAGCAAGCAGAUGUGUUUAAAGCAUCCCGCUUCAACCUUGAAACAGAGUGGAAAAACAACUACCCUCGAUUGAGAGAAUUGGACCGGAAUGAACUGUAUGAAAAGGCCAAGAACGAAAUCUUGGAUGAAGUCAUCAGUUUGAGUCAAGUAACCCCACAACACUGGGAAGCCAUCCUGCAAAAGAAGCUCUGGGAACGCGUGUCCACACACGUGAUUGAAAACAUCUACCUGCCUGCUGCACAAACAAUAGACUCUGGGACCUUUAACACCACUGUAGACAUUAAACUGAAGCAGUGGACUGACAAGCAGCUUCCACACAAAGCCCUCGAGGUUGCUUGGGAGACGCUGCAAGAGGAAUUUGCUCGCUUCAUGGCGGAGUACAAAGGCAAAGACCAGGAUGACAUCUUUGACAAGCUGAAGGAGGCUGUAAAGGAUGAGAGCAUCAAAAGGCACAAGUGGAACGAGAGGGCCAUGGACAGCCUGAGAGUGAUCCAGCACAAUGCCUUAGAAGACCGUUCCAUCACAGACAAGCCUCAAUGGGAUGCAGCAAUUCAGUUCAUGGAGCAAACCUUGCAGUCACGCCUCAAAGACACUGAAGCUGUAAUCAAAGACAUGGUGGGUCCAGACUGGAAGGAGAGGUGGAUGAGCUGGAAGAACCGAACACCAGAUCAGCACAUCCGUAAUGAAACUAAAACGGAGCUUGAGCGCUUGCUGAAGUUGCAUGACGAACACACGGCUUACCUGGCCAAUGACGAGGUCACCACGGUCAGAAAGAACCUGGAGGGACGAUCGGUUGAAGUAGAUCCCGUGCUUAUCAAAGACACAUGGCAUCAAUUAUAUCGACGGCACUUUUUGCAAAAAGCUCUGUCCCACUGUAACCUCUGCAAAAGGGGCUUUUACUACUACCAGAGGCACUUCGUUGACUCUGAGUUGGAGUGCAACGAUGUGGUUCUGUUCUGGAGAAUUCAGAGGAUGUUGGUCAUCACAGCCAACACACUACGACAGCAGCUCACCAACACAGAAGUACGCCGACUGGAGAAAAACGUGAAAGAGGUGUUGGAUGACUUUGGAGAGGAUUUGGAGAAGAAAUCCCAGCUCAUCACUGGCCGCCGAGUACAACUAGCUGAGGAUCUUAAGAAAGUUCGGGAGAUCCAGGAGAAGCUUGAAGCUUUCAUCGAAGCUCUACACAAGGAGAAAUAA